AUGUCAUCUAUUACGAAUGUAAGUCCAAUGUCUCAACAACAAUUGACUUCAACUAAUCCUAUGGCUGCUGCUGUAUCAUCACAUACUACUUCUCUGAACGAAAAAUAUCAUCGAAACUUCAUCAUAAAUUCUAUUCAUAAAUGGUGCACCAAAUAUUUUUCUAAUUUAUCAUUAACUGAAGGCGAUAAUUAUCAUCUUAUUGUUAUAUUCACAGACACCAAUGAAACAGCGAAAAUAAAAUGUGGAUGUGGAAGUAGGGUGAGUCUCGUAAAAAUUCGAAAAAACUUUCAGCUGUCCAAUUUCUACAAGCAUCUGAUGUCAUCAUCAUGUUCUAUCAUGCACAAAGAGAGUUCAACAACAGUAACAAAUGAAAUAAAUAUAAAUGAAAAUGGCUCUAGUGAUAGUAAUAACUCAUCAUCACAAGAUGCCGUUUCUCUUAAUACGGUUCCAUCUACAAAGAAAGUUCCCUUUCUCGAUAAAAGUCAAAAUGAUCGAAAACGUGCUGCUUCACCUAAUAUAACUAACAAGAAACACACUAGAAGUCGUUAA